AUGCAUCAACACAAUCAUACAUUCGUCACAGAGUUCUUUCUUUUGGGAUUCCAGAAUCUUCACAUCUUCAAGAUUCCAUUCUUCAUCCUUCUUCUCAAGACAUACAUCAUGACAAUAUGUGCAAAUGUUCUUAUCGUCCUUGCGGUGUCAGCCAGUCUCAGCCUACAUACCCCCAUGUACUUCUUCCUCUGCCAUUUGUCUUUUUGUGAUGUCUUGCUAACCACCAAUAUCGUUCCCAACAUGCUUCACGUCAUCUUGGAGGAAGGUAGCACCAUAACCCUUUUUGGCUGUCUUGCCCAGUUUCAGAUGUUCGGUUGGUGUUGCAUUACAGAGUGUUAUAUCCUCACUGUGAUGUCGUAUGACCGUUACUUAGCCAUCUGUAACCCGUUACAUUAUCCCUCCAUCAUGGGCUUUCAUCUCUGCCUUGGUCUAGUGCUCUUGUGUUGGAUGCUUGGCUUUAUGUUUGCAUUAAUAUCUACUGUAUUGACCGGUAGGUUACAGUUUUGUAAAGAUAACACGAUUGACCACUUCUUCUGUGAUUUUCUUCCAAUUUUGGAGCUUUCAUGCUCAGACACCUCACUCGUAGAAAUGGAAGAAUUUCUGGCUGCUCCUUUUGUACUUCUUUUCCCGUUUGUGUUUAUCAUUUUCUCAUACGUCUAUAUCGUCUUCACCAUACUUGGAAUCUCAUCCACCUCUGGGAGGCAGAAGACCUUCUCCACGUGUAGUACCCAUUUGGCCGUUGUGUGCGUGUUUUAUGGGACUUUAAUCAGUAUUUAUCUGAGUCCAUCCAGAGGAUACUCACUAAAUAUCAACAAGUUCACCUCUCUUUCCUACACCAUGGUGACCCCAUUAUUUAAUCCUAUCAUAUAUACUCUGAGAAACCAAGGAAUUAGAAAUGUAAUUGACAAAUUUAUUUUCUUAGUUGAAAAGUAA